AUGUCGGACAAGCAAAAGACAGCGCUCGUCGCGGCCUCCGCGGCCGUCGUCGGCGUGACGGCCAGUUCGUACCUCCUGCGUCGGGUCAUGCGCCCCGUGCUCCACGCCCGUGCCGCCGCGUUCUUCACGCAGAUGCUGGCCGACGCCGACAUCCUCAUCGACCGCGACAUUCGCAUCUACGACGAGGACAUUUUCCUCGACUGGAUGCACCGCGGCAUGCUCGCGAUCGGCGAGUCGUACAUGGCCAAGAAGUGGGACGCCAUCAUCCCGCUCGACCUUCUCCUCGCGCGGCUGCUCAUGCUGCCAGCCGACAAGCGCCGCAAGAUGUUCACGGCCUGGAACGCCAAGUUCAUCGCACUGGGCGGCAAGAUCUUCAACUACCAGUCGCCCUCGCGCGCGUGGAUCGUCGGCGCGGUCCAUUACGACCUGGGCAACGACUUUUUCAAGCUCUGGCUCGACCCGUACAUGCAGUACUCGUGCGCGUACUGGAAGGGCAUUGACAAUGAGCACGACCUCGAUGCCGCGCAGCGCAACAAGUUGCACCUGAUUGCCAGGAAGCUCAAGCUCGAGCCAGGCAUGCGCGUGCUCGAGAUCGGGUGCGGCUGGGGCGGCCUUGCUUGCUUCCUUGCAAAAGAGUACGGCGUCCACGUGACGGGCAUCACGAUCUCGAACGAGCAGCUCAAGGGCGCGCGCGAGUGGGCCAAGCGCGAGGGCGUGACGGACCGCACGAGCUUUGAGUACUGCGACUACCGUGACAUGCACGGCCAGUUCAACCGCGUCGUGUCGGUGGCGAUGAUGGAAGCAGUGGGCUACAAGAACUUGGACGCGUACUUCCGUGUCAUCCAGCGCUGUCUCAUGGACGACGGACUUGCGCUUGUGCACGGCUGUGCCGCCAAUCGCUCCAUCGACGUUCCGAUCCAGCUCUGGAUCCUCAAGUACAUCUUCCCCAACGGCUUCCUGCCGUCUUUUGCGCAGCUGCUGCUGUUUGCCGAGCGCAAGCUCAUUGUCGAAGACGUCCAGAACCUCGGACCAGACUACGUCAAGACGCUCGGGUGCUGGCAGGAGCGCUACCAGAAGCACCUCGAUGAGGGCAACAUUGACCGCCCCGAGGUGUUUUGCCGCAUGUGGAGCUUUUACCUGCAGUACUGCCUUGCCGGCUUUCGUGCGCGAACGGUUCAGCUCGCGCAGAUUGUCUAUUCCAAGAACCGCUAUACCCGCUACGAUGCCGAGCGAUAG